AUGGGUUCGACCACAGCAGGUUGGAUUGCAGCCUGGAAUGAAAUACGAAAUCCAACUAGUGAACAGCAGAAUGCACCGAUUGUUGGCCAUGGACUUGUGUGCAUCAGCUGUGGCAGAUUGCACCACGUGAGUUGCCAUCAUCAUCUUGUGUGUGUCAUAAUUGCUGGCGAAGGACUGAUAGAGCAGCAUCACAUUCAACUGUAG